UUUCUUCUGCAAAAACCUCUUUUCGUUUCUCUGCUUCUUCUUGUAAAUACCCUACGAUUUUAUCAAAUUUCCCAAAAUGCCAUUCUACUCGGUUCUCUUCGAUGCAAUCACAGCAUACACGGGCCUCUCCCCGACCGCGUUCUUCACCAUCCUCGCCCUCAUGAUCGGGGCCUACCGCAUCGUGUGCGGGUUCUUCGUGGGGCCCGACGAGCUCACGACGGACGGUAAGCGGUCCGUCGCGGCGGUGGGAGAGGUGGAGCCGUGGGUCACACCAUCCGAACCCGUCCAGGUGGGAGAUGUCACGGAGGAGGAGCUGAGAGCUUUCAACGGCUCAGAUCCCAAGAAGCCUUUGUUGAUGUCUAUCAAGGGACAGAUCUACGACGUCUCCAUGUCGAGGAUGUUUUAUGGUCCUGGCGGGCCGUAUGCUUUGUUUGCGGGACGGGAUGCAAGCCGGGCCCUAGCCCUCAUGUCAUUCGACCCCAAUGACCUCACAGGAAACGUAGAAGGUCUCAGUUCUGAUGAGCUAGAAGUUCUCAAUGACUGGGAGUUGAAAUUCAUGGAGAAGUAUGUCAAGGUCGGGCAGCUUGUGAAGGAGAAGGGAAGAAUUGAAGAGAAAACAGAAGAAAGUGUGGGACACAAGAAGGAAACAGACAGCAUCAAUGACGUUGCCGUAGCAGAAGUAGAGAAAAUAUGAAUGUCAGUAAUGGGUUGUUUGAAUACAAAGAUCUGUACAUUUCCAAUCACAACCGUCAUGGAAGAGCUUGAGGAGUGAGAGUUCUGCUGGCCCAGCAUUUUCCAGUAACGAAUGGUGGGGAUUGACGCCGGAGAGAGGGUGUCGAUCUGGUAAUGUCUUAAUCUACUGGCCCACUAAUCUAUUAUAUCUAUAAUGGAGCCAUUGAUCUUUACUUGAUCUCUACUUUUGUAUGUAUUGGCAUUUGGGAUGCUACAAAUCAGUAAUACUUUUAUAUCGCAACUAGUUUCAGGUUUGAAGAACUGAAUUGAAAUGGUUAGUUCAUUGGUUC